AUGUUCCCAUUGCAAGGUGCCCAGAUGCUGCAGAUGCUGGAGAAAUCCUUGAGGAAGAGCCUUCCUACAUCCUUAAAGGUUUAUGGGACCAUCUUCCACAUGAAUCAGGGAAACCCAUUCAAGCUAAAAGCUCUGGUGGACAGGUGGCCUGAUUUUAAUACAGUGGUUAUCCGCCCUCAGGAGCAGGACAUGACAGAUGACCUUGAUCACUACACCAAUACUUACCAUAUCUACUCGAAAGACCUCAAAAACUGUCAGGAAUUCCUCAGCUUACCAGAAGUCAUCAAUUGGAAACAGCAUUUGCAGAUCCAAAGUUCACAGUCCAGCCUGAAUGAAGUAAUACAAAGUCUUGCAGCCACUAAAUCCUUCAAAGUCAAGCAAUCACAAAACAUUCUCUAUAUGGCGAUUGAGUCAAUCAGGGAACUGGCUCCUUCCCUGCUGGACGUAAAGAACUUAUCACUUAGCGAUGGCAAACCCAAGGCCAUUGACCAAGAGAUGUUUAAAGUCUCAUCGUUGGAUCCUACCUACGCUGCCAUGGUGAAUAAAUUCUGGCAUUUCGGUGGCAAUGAGUGGAGCCAGAGAUUCAUCGAGCGCUGUAUCCGGACCUUCCCCAACUUCUGCCUGCUGGGGCCUGAGGGGACCCCUGUGUCCUGGUUCUUGAUGGACCAGACAGGAGAGAUGCGGAUGGGGGGCACCCUGCCUGAGUACCGGGGCCAGGGUCUCGUCACCUACGUCAUCUAUUACCAGACCAAGGCUCUGAUCAAACGUGGCUUCCCCGUGUAUUCUCAUGUAGACAAGAAUAACAAAAUUAUGCAGAAACUGAGUCACAGUCUGAAUCAUAUCCCUGUGCCCUGUGACUGGAACCAGUGGAACUGUGUGCCUCUGUGA